UGUUCUGUAACAGGUGUGUUAAUCCAAAUGACUGACUUCUUUGUUUCAUUUCAGUGGACGUUCUCCAUAGGCAGAAGCUUCUUGGAGUGAUGGCGAUCUCUCUAUCCCCGCUCGAACAGGACCUGACGUGUCCCGUGUGUUUAGAAAUCUUUACCGACCCAGUGAUUCUGCCCUGCAGUCACAGUUUCUGCAGGAAGUGUCUAGAGCGGUCCUGGCAAGAGAAAUUGGAAAACAACUGUCCUGUCUGCAGGUGUCGACCAUCAGAUCAUUUUUCUCCCAACCUGGCUCUGAGGAACACCUGUGAAUCUUACUUGCAGCAGAAAAGAGUGCGGGAUUCAGAUCCCCAGAGAUGUUCUUUACACUCUGAGAAGCUCAUUCUGUUCUGUGUGCAUGAUGAGAAGCUGGUGUGUACACAGUGUGUGUCUCAGGAUCAUCAGAAUCACAGUUUCUGCUCCAUCAGCAAGGCUGCCAGCCCACGCAAGGAAAAGCUGAAGACUCAUCUAACAAGCUUAGAGGCAAAACUUGAAAUUUUCGAAAAAUUUAAAGAUAUCAGUGACCAGGAAGCUGCACAUAUUAAGUCUCAGGCUCAGAACAUAGAGACACAGAUAAGGGAGGAGUUUGAGAAGCUUCACCAGUUCCUCAUGGAAGAGGAGGAAGCCACUAUAGCUGCAUUGAAAGAGGAAGAAGAGAAGAAGAGCCAGAGGAUGAAGAAGAAGAUCGAACAGCUAGAUGAGCAAAUAAUGGAAAUAAGUUCUAGAGUCACAGAAUUAAACAUUAUACUAAAGAAUGAUGCACUGAUUGUACAGGAUUUCAAGAAGGCAAGUCAAAGAGCUCAAUACACAGUACCAGAUCCAGAACUUGAGUCAGGAGCUCUGAUUGAUGUGGCCAAACACUUAGGAAAUCUGAGUUGCAAAGUUUGGAAGAAGAUGAAGAACCUCUGUCCUUACUUUCCAGUGGUCCUGGACCCCAACACUGCAAACCCCUCCCUCAGUAUUUCUGCAGAUUUGAGCAGUUUCUCACCCUCUGCUAAAAACCUUUCACUUCCAGACAACCCAGAGAGGAUAAAUGCAUAUAGCGGCAUUCUGGGUUCUGAAGGGUUCUCCUCAGGAACUCACAGAUGGGAGGUGGUGGUUGGAGAUAGUGAGGACUGGAUUGUAGGAGUGGCUGCAGAAUCCGUCAGCAGGAAGGAAGCCUGUUUAUCACUCCCAGAACAUGGGUUCUGCUGUAUAUGGAGGGAUGCUGACGAGAUUAGUGCUGGAAUUUCCAUGAAUUCUUCGAAAACUCUUAUGACAAAGCCAACCAUUCAGAGAAUCCGCGUGACUCUUAAUUGGGAGAAAGGUCUAGUGACUUUUACCGACCCACAUUCUAAUAAAGACUUGUAUUCUUUUGAUCUAACAUUCACCAAGAAGAUGUAUCCAUACUUCAACAAUGAUGGCAAGAACUCCUUAAAAGUUCUACCUGCCUACAUCAAAUUUUAAUCAAGAAGCACAAUUUCUGCUUUGUUUUUUUAAUGGUAUCAUACAUAUUAUAUGUUAUGCCUGAAUGAUCACAGUCUUGUUCGAUUAUGGUGUUUGUUAUAGGUAUUGUGUUGGUACAUUUGUUUUGAAUAAUUAGGGCAAUGAUGUAAAAGGGAUGUUAGGGAAGUUAUAUGCUUUUCUUUCAUAUAUAAGUUAGACAAGGAUCAAACAGAUCUAUUAUAAUGUAUGAUUUUCAAAUACAGGAAAAUGUUCAUCAAUUAUGUUAUUUAGUGAUUUUAUAAAAUUCAGUUUCAUCAAUUUAUUCUUUUACAUCACACAGCUCCAAAACCUCAGGCCCUAGUAGUGAAACUCAUAUCUGCAGUAUAAAAAGCAGUGGGGAAACCUCAAGGCUUGCUAGGCCUCCAUGCAAGAAGGCAUAAGAAUUUCUGUGAAAUAAAAAAUUCAUUGUUAAAUUUAAUUCCAUUUGAGUGAACUUACAGCACCCCUGGCCACCUCCCGGUAAAGGUUUACCAGGCUCGGCCAACUGGGAUGAGGUCCCGAGGUCAUCCUAGGACUCGCUGGAGGGAUUAUAUCUCUAAAUUGGCCUGGGAGUGGCGUGGGGUCCCCCUGGAAUUAGCUGGAAUACCCUAGCUGGAUUAAGCGGUUUAAGAUAAUGAUGAUGAUGAUGAUGAUUAUGAGUGGAUUUAACCAACUACAUUUUGAUUUCCAGUGAAACAUAUUUUCUGAGAAGAACAUCACUCUAGGCCUUCUGGAAUCUCUGCAUACACUAUAGACUGUGAAUACGGGUGGAAGCCUGACCAAUGCGCUUCAGUCCGUUGCUAGAAAUAGAAAACAGUGGUGGCAGCUCUAUGUUAGGACCAGUGGCAGCUGGUACUUUCCCACACAGGUGGAGAGAAUCUAAUGGUAAAAAAGUAAUACUCAUAAAGUACUGUUCAAAAGUUUCAAAGCCUUAUUCAGUUUGUAUUAUUUUACCUGUUAGGGACCAGGUGAAAAAAAAUCACUGAGAUGCUAAGUAGCUAACAAUUAGCAUGCUAUACCAGCUUU